GUAAGAUUCUGCUAAGCAAACGGUGCUAUUAGGGUAUAUUUUAAGUUGCACCAUAUUGUAGUCAAGGUGGGGAAAUUUUAAGGUGGCAGUAACUUGAUGUUUAAUCGGAAGAAACUUUUGUCAAGUAACCCUGACUAUCUGGGUUAUUUUUUACGUUAUCUGAUAUUUUAUGGAACAUUCUGAUGAUGUCUUUUUCAAUAUUGUGUCUAUUAUUUUUUUAAAUUAUGAACAUACAAAUGACAUGAUAGUUAAUAGUGGAAACUGUUGGUGGGUUGCGAAGGUCAGGCAUUAACGACAGUGAGUCUAUAACGUUCGACCUUUAGAUGUCAUCGGCGCUUAUAAAACUUCGAUUUACACGUCUUCGAUAACCUGUCCGAACCAGGCGAUAAAGCAGGAAUUAAAUUUCUAAAGAUGUUACUUUUAAAGAUAUGAAAGAGAUAGAGUAUAGACAAAUAUACUUGUAGAUAAGAGUGAGAAAAGAAUCAGCUUUGAACUGAAGAAAAAUUUGUGGUGUGUCACGAAAGUUUUCCACACUAUCCAGUUUUUUUGUGUCUGCGUGGAUGAGGUUAAAGAACCCGGUCGAGUCUCUCGGACAGGUGGGUCGUGAAAUAUUUCCCGUCUAACAAGUUCUCUGUGGGUUAAAAUACAACACGUAUACACAAUGCACUUAGCAUUUAGUUUAAAAGAAAAAUAUUUCCACUGGGGCGAGAAUAAAAUUUAAGUAUCAAUUGUUUUUGUUAUUUUUCGAUGAUGAUGAUAGUACUAUUCAACUAGUUAGUGAUUUGGAAUCAAAAUAAACAUCACUGACAUGGGGCAAUGGAUUCAAAAUUUUGGAAAUUUACAUCGACGUAAAAACAUUAGGAAUAAACAUUCCAUGAGAAUUAUCCGGCAUAUAAAAAUUACCGUUACGUAAAGUGAUAAUAACUUUAAGAACAGUUAUAAUUGAGGACCAUGGCAUCAACAUUCAGCUCAGCCAAGGUGCUCAUGAGCAAAGGGAAACGUGGAGCUGCUGCAUACAUCCGUGAUCAAUAUUGUAAUUCAGUCGCAGGUGAUAAUAAACAACAGAAUAUUAAUGAGUUACUAGAUACUUUAUUAAAUCCAGGAAAACCUAUUGAUGAUUGGGAAACCAUUGAUUGGUGUAAAUGGCUUAUGGCUGGAGGAAGAACUCCAGAUGAGUUUUCAAGUACAGUGAGACUGUAUGAUAACGCGACUACCUGCGGUUUGGUUUGGACUCCAAACUUUGUCGCAUACAGAUGUCGUACUUGUGGAAUAUCACCCUGCAUGGCAUUAUGUCAGGAAUGUUUUAAAAAAGGGAACCAUUAUCGUCAUGACUUUAACAUGUUUCUUAGUCAAGCAGGAGGUGCAUGUGAUUGUGGUGAUACGUCUGUAAUGAAAGAAAUAGGUUUUUGUGACCGACAUGGACCUAAAGCCGUGGUUGAUAAAUCUCCUGCUCCACUAGAUCUCAUGUGUGUUGCAGAAGCAAUGAUGCCUCGUAUGAUUUUACGUCUAAUACAGCAUCUUCGAGAAAAUUGCAAAGUCAGCGCUCCAGAUUUCCGAGUUGCAAUUCAAGAUGCUGAUGCGUAUUUAACGAUGCUUCUUGACCUCAAUCAUAUGGGUGCUUUGAUGCGUCAUGUAAUGACUUCAGUGUUGACCAGCCCCCAGAAAUAUCGGGGACUCAUGGAUCCUACUAAUUCUACAGGAAUCGCAGAAUACGACCGAUAUUGUCAAGAAAGUCAUGAUAUUUAUCAAGACGCAAUAAAAUCUUUGCCGAAUCCAGAACCACUUGAUGAGUAUAAAGAUUGUCCUUCUCUUCAAGAGGAUUUAGUCCAUACAACGUUUCUUGAAGAACUUAUGUUCUGGACCGUUGCGUAUGAGUUUCCACAAAAGCUUGUUUGUCUUUUGCUUAAUAUGCUGCCCGAUCCUGAUUAUAAAGAAGCUCUCACCAAAGCAUUUGUUCUUCAUUACAGUAGAAUCGCAAUGAUGUUGGAACGCUCAAAUGAUCCAGAUACACUUAGUAAUCGUGUUGUUCAUGUAAGCGUUCAAUUGUUUAGCAAUGAACGUUUAGCAUUGCGUAUGGUAGAUCAACUUAAAUUGUUGCAUGUUAUGGUUAUAAGCCUCAAAUAUAUGAUGAGUAAAAUUCUUGUGGAAAAUACAUUACAUGCUCCAAACAAGAAUUUUCAUUUUGUUGUCGAUUGUGGUCGUCCAGUUAUGAAAGAGCAUUGCUAUUGGCCUCUUGUAUCAGAUCUUAAUAAUGUUUUAUCUCAUAAACCUGUAGCUGUUCGAUUUCUUAGUGAUGAUGCGCUUCUAGAAAUGUGGUUUGAUUUUUUAUCCAUGUUUCAAGGUAUGAAUGUUAAUCAACGUGAAAUGGGUGCUCACGUGGAAUUUGAACCAACCACGUAUUAUGCGGCAUUUAGUGCUGAACUUGAAGCAAGCGCUUACCCAAUGUGGGCCUUAGUUUCACAUCUUCGUGGUCCUGAGAGUAUAUCAGUAAGUCGGCGGGCUUUAUCGUUCUGUCUUACAGCACUUCAAGAUUGGUUGGAUGCUAUCGGUUUUACAAGUCCUGACGUGUGUGAUGUAUUACAUGUAUCUUUUCAUAUUCCUCUGCAUCGUUACUUUGCAGUUUUUAUGUGUGAAAUUGUACGGCAGCAAGGAGUAACUCUUGAAGAACUUUUACCACCAACGGAUAUGCUUCAUUUGCUGAUGAUGCAUCCAUUACGAGUCCAAGUGGCUUUAUAUGAAAUUCUUAAUGGUCUUUGGGUCCGCAAUGGCUUACAGAUCAAAGGUCAAGCAAUGACAUAUAUCCAAUGUAACUUUUGUAACUCCAUGGUCGAUGCCGAUCUGUAUCUUUUACAAAUUUGUGCAAUGAAGCUUCAACCGGAUAUUUUUUUGAAAACCGUUAUCGAUAAAUUCCAUGUGAAAGAAUGGCUUAGUUUGCGCACUGUACGAUCGCGGCAAAAUGUGCUUCUUAUUGGUGAACAUGAUACGGCAAUGAUGGAGAGUUGUCUUAUAUUCCUUGCCACAUUAAUAAGUGUAAGAACAAAUCUUGGACUGACAGAUUCAGAAGUUUCCCAUCUAGAAAUGGUAACUUUACUGUGUAUGGGUGAUAAAACUCACAGCCAACUGAUGGAUCUAAUGCCAGAGCGAUGUGGUACAACACCUAAUCGAGAUUUCGAACCAGUCCUUGGAGAAGUUGCACAAUACAAGGCACCAAAUCUUGAAGCGAGUGGCACAAUGCAACAAGGCAUGUAUGGACCUAAACCUCAAGUAUGGGAGGAACUCUAUGAUCCUCUUUAUGUUUUACUACGUGCUGUUCAUCGUCGAGAUUAUCAAGUGUCAAUGGAUCGUUACACAGAAUAUGUCAAGUCUACUAAACUUAAAAGUGGUUCGACUCUUUGGCCACCUUUUCGAAAUCCUGCACCUGUAUCUUCUGAAUAUGAUGAUCCAAGGGUUGUACUUAAAUCACGAGUUUUUCAUGCGAUGGCUUUUGUGAUUCUUUAUAAAGCUGUUAAUGAUCAUAAUAUCUCAGAGCAUAUAGUGGCCCUGUUAGUAUAUCUUCUCGAAAUGGCUGUAGUUACCUCAGAUAUUCCGAAAAAAAGUGCUAAUCCUCUAUGUCCUUAUACUGGUAGUGUUUCUUGUGCCGCAAAAGAUGCAGAUUUUAGUAAUUGGUAUGAAACAGAUAGUUUAGUAGAAAAUUUGAAAACUGUAAUACCUAGAUCAACGAUUAUUCAUUCAUCUUCUGAAUACAAUCCUGAAAACAAUUCAGACUGGGAAAUAGCGAGUGACAUUACUGAAAGCUCGUUAAUGUUAAAUGAUGAGUUUGAUGUGGACAUUGGUGAAUCUCCUGAAGUUUGGGACUUAGACUUAUUAGGUGAAACUGAUAAUGAACAUAGGAAUACGACUGCUCCUAUGGAGACCGGAUCAUUACCUGCGUUACCUGCUAAUGAAACAUUGGCUGAAUGGGACCUGACUAUUGUACCUGCAGAUGAAGUACCGCGUGACAACAUUGAAGACCACGAAAUACCAGCUCGUCAAAGAGCUUUGCCACCGGCCGUUGAAGAAUCCAUGGCACUAGUUCCCAAUACACAUUCUCCGAGACUUUUACCGAUGACUGAAUCAUCGAGAUUUUCCCGUAUGCCGCAGCGUGGAACAGCAAACUCGGCUACAAGCAAUGAAGUAGAUCUUUUGCAAGUUUUGUUUCCACGACUUGGUGCUGCUGGUGUUACCUCGACUGAUAUUGUGCCUUCAACGUCUCAUUGUCAGCAACAGAUUGUAAAUAGAGACACCCAGAGUGGACAAAUGUAUCAAGCUGGAUCCAAAACUGGAGAGAAUAUAAUUUCUCUACUGUUAAAACUUCAUUCUCAACUAUCAGGUGUGCCUGAUAGUUGGAAUCCAGACGAAGUUCCAAGCUUUGUUUCUGAUGAAGGCAGCAGUGCAAGCAAAAUAUUUAUGACAUCGCAAUCCCUAGAAUCGAGAAUCGGUGAUGGCCCAUUUUUUAUUGGUCAGUUGUUAAAAAAAAUUUCGAGGCUCGAUCCAAGUUUAAACCAAAAUAUAACCGAAAUUAGGAAUAAAAUCUGGCCUCAAAAUAAAGACUGUGAAGAUGCUCAGCGUGAGCGUGAACAUCGAGAACGUGAAGAAAAACGAAAAAAAGCGAAAGAAAGGCAACAAAAGCUUAUGGCUGAUUUCGCUAAUCAACAAAAACAGUUCAUGAAAAAGGCGAUGGAAACUGAUGAAGCGGGAGCAUCUGGUAUGGAUUGGGAUCACAGUGAAACAUCGAAUCCAUUAACUAGUAAAAAAGAAUAUGAUUGUGUUAUUUGUAAUAGAACAACUUCAAGUACUGAUGAAAAACCAAUGGGACUUGUUGUUUUAGUCCAAGCAACUAGUGUGAUAGGUCAUGAGAGACAACAAUCUGAAAGACUUCAAUUACCAACUUCUGAUGAUGAUUCAUCUAUACCAAAAAAUAGCACUCGAGGCGCUUAUUUUGAUUAUCGAAUUGAUGAGAUGCACAAACAUUUUGAUACAUUUUCGUGGCUAUUAUCUGUUAAUUUAGGUUGGGAAGGUGGAGUGUAUGUACAAACUUGUGGUCAUCAUCUCCAUUUAGAUUGUUUGAAAGCUUACAGGCAGUCUCUUAGAAGUCAACAAAGACAACAGAGUCUUGCAGUUGAGCGAGGUGAAUACCUUUGUCCUCUGUGUCGUCAACUCGCCAACUCCGUGCUCCCGCUUUCUCCUCAACUUGGAGAAUGUUCUGCUAUUGUUCGGUCCCGCCACACUUCUACUUCAGCAAUUCUUUCUGAAUUAAAUAACUUUCUCAAAGAAAUUCAACGUAAUCCAGUUUCAUCGAACUUAUCUAUGGCAAUGGGAAAAGCCAUGGAAGAAAUGACGGCUUCAACAUACUUAAAAUAUAAGCAAAAAAACUGCCAACCUAGUCACCAAAGUCUGUUUCUUUUUGUCACAUCAGUUGCAAGAACUAAUUUAGAAGUAGAACUUGUUCAGCGCGGUGGAUCGUUGUGUUCAUCUCUACAGGAAACAGUGUCAUUAACACCAAAACGAGAUUGUAUAGUUGCACUUUUUCAUGUUUUAGCGAUGCAUGCAAGAGUUUUAACAAACUGGCCAGUACAUCAAACUUGGCAGUACAUCUCCGGAUUACCUUCAGAUUUAGCGACUCCGCUUGCAGUAGCUCCGCAUGAACGUGAAGUCCCUUUCCUGCUUAGAGAUCCUACUGCACUUCUUAUUCAAUUUAUUCUUCUUUUACCACUACAUAUCGAUCAAACAUAUUUUUCAAGUGUGGUAAAAGUAAUUUAUAAUCUUUUAUAUUAUCAAGUUAUUGUUCAAGUGAGCUGCACCUUAACAAAAAGUGAAAGAAAUAAAAAGACAAGAUUACCUGAACGAAAUACCUCUUCGGCAUUGAUGUCUUCCGACUCUAUUAUUCGCAUGGUUAUUAAUCACUUUGAACAAACAGACUUUUAUGAAGAUGAACCAUCUUAUCGACCAGGUAGAUCAACUGAACAACAAAUUCAAACUCUCUGUUUGCCAUUUUUGCGAAUCGCGGCACUUUUACGUCAUCAUUUGUAUUCACAACCUCUUCCCGACAUACGAAUACCUGAGGAUGAAUUUGUAAGACUUGUUUAUUAUCUCGAGCUUGUAACAGAAGGCAUGGAUUGGGAUUGUUUUAAUGCAGCAGUCGCACUCAAUUGGCAGAAUGAUGAAGUUGGUAUUACAGUUCCUCAAAUGUGGUGCGAUCAGUUUCUUGCUUUUUAUAGAAGAAGUCAAAUUGCUGCUAAAAGACUUAUAGCUGAUCAACAUAUAUUUUGGCAGGCACCAAAGUUACUGAGUCUUCCUAGGGAAUACGAGAAACUUUUUACGUUCUAUCAUGCAAGACAGUGCUGCAAGUGUCAUUUAGUACCUCCAGAAAUCAGUAUCUGUCUACUAUGUGGAACGAUAGUUUGCCUAAAGCAAACUUGUUGUAAGCAACAGAAUGUAGGAGAAGCUGUUCAACACUCAAUUGAUUGUGGUGGAGGCACUGGUAUUUAUUUAGUGGUAACAUCAACAUAUAUAAUAGUAAUACGAGGGCGUAGAGCUUGCUUAUGGGGUUCUCUUUACCUGGAUGAUUUCGAAGAAGAAGAUAAAGAUUUAAAACGAGGGAGACCUUUAUAUCUUAGCCAAGAACGAUAUCAACUUCUAGAACAACAAUGGCUUGCCCACCGUUUUGAUCACACGAAGAAAACAUGGGUAUGGCACCGUGAUGCUCUGUGACCCUUAUCAUUGAGUAUAACUAGAUUCCAUAAUCUUAUUGACAGAAGUAACAAUUUUUCUCAGCUGUUUAACUGAGAUUACCUAGUUGUAACAUCUUUUAAACUAGUUCAGACGUAGCAAUGAAUUAAUGAAUUUUUCUAAAAUCAAUUUGUAGGUAACAAAAACAUUGAGUUCUAAGUACGAUUAAGUAAAUAUAAAUAUAUCCAUUAGAUAAAUUUAUUGCAAAUAAAUAAACCAUAGUCUACAAUCAAUAAACUAUGCUUAAACAAUAUAUUUUAGUCACAGAUAAAUACUCAAUUGGUGGUGAUUAUAAAAUUGAUAAAAUAAAUUACUUGAUAACUAACAAGCGUUUUUAGUCACUGAGAAUACGAAAAAUAGAUUUCAGAGAAUGGCAUAUAUUUUUAGUACUUGUCACUCUAUUUAUUUUUAGGCAGAAAUCUUUGACGAUUGCCAAGAACAACCAUUAAGACACAAAUUUUAUUUUAUUUUAUUUCUUUUUUUUACUUUAAUUUCAAUGUAUUCUCUGUAAAUAUGUAAUUGAAUAUUAUAGUAAAUUAAAUAUUGUAAAACAAAAAUAAAAAAGAUACUAUAUUGAGCAAAAAAAAAAGAAAAAUUAUAAAAAUCCUGUAAAAGCUUUGUACAUAAAUAAUUGAAUUAACAUUUUCACAAAUGUAUGUUGAUUCGUCAAGUGAAAAUUUCAUUUCUGAAACUAGAAUAAUAAAUGAAAGUCGGAUAUAGUUAAUUUAAGAUAAAAACAUAAUCCAUUGAGUUCCUAGAAAAAAACAAUCUAUAAAUAUCUAAGAUCUUAAUUCUGUAUUCGGCAGACCAACGUUCAUCUCAUUUUUCCAUUAUUGGAAAUUUUAUUUUAUUUUAUUUGACUAUAAACACCGAUCGGUUGUAUAGAUUUAUAAUAACAAUAUAUUUUAAGUAUAGAUAUAAUUCAUAAUUAAUGACUACAAAAGUUGAGAAUUGCACUGCAUUGAAAAAAUGAAAAUAAGAAGUAAUGAAUAAUAAGUAACAGGUGGAUAAUGGUGAUAUUAUAUUUGUAUUAGUUAAAUAGUAUGGUGUUUUUGACCCUUGAUAUAAAAAUUGAUAAGGAAUCAUCGAGGAAGUUAAUAUCAGAACAGUAUUUGUUGACUAGGUCAGUGCAAAUAAUUUUUGGCGAUAGAAAUAUAACUUCCAAUACUGAAUAAUAUAUUUUAACUUGUAAUGAUAAUAAAACGUAACUGUUUAAUUAAAUUUUUUUUUAAAGAUUAAGUAAGCAACUAAAGUAUUAAUAAUGUAAUAAAUUAAGCAUAUUAUGGGUUACUCAAAUAUAUAUAUAUAUAUAUAUAUAUAUAUAUUAGGGUGCUUCGUUUCCAGCAAAAGUAUUUUUUUGUUGCUCAUCAAGCAAAAUAUUGUUUUUUAUGCUAAAACAAAAAUUCCUGCCAAGUUUGAGCUCUUAAUUCCAACCCUAAGUACUUUCCAUUUGAUUUCAAAGAUUUCCCAUUUAAAAUACACGUAAAUUAAAUUACUUUUUUUUUUAACUUUCUCAUAGUCAGCUGCGGUUUAUGAUAUCGACGCGGUUUUGGUCGCAAAUUGUAGGACAUUUGGUGUUCUUCAAAAAUGGCCAUAGUAACUUAGCUGUAAUUCCAGCUGUUUCACUGAUGUCCGCUGAGGAAGUCAUAUUUUCUAUCAAAUUGACCUUUAUUGGUUUGCAGAACGUAAACCAAUGAAUGCACACCAAAAAUGUAAAUGGGAAUUUUAUAAGAAAUUUUAUUCCCUUCAAAAAAAGUCCUAUGAG